AACCGCACAGGAAGGCCUCAUUGGCUGUGCUUCAAUUGCCAGCUUUUGCGUAUUCUGAUUGGUUUUCGGACUUCCCUGGUGGAAUAUGAGCGGUACUCUGCUCUCUUUGUUAUUUCCUCCGUCGUCCGGACUCUCCACAGUGGCGCACCACUAAUCGCACACAGGAGAUGCAUGACAGCAAUACGUAUUCCACCUCCCUCCUACCGGCUUCUACCUGGUUCUGCAUAUCCGAUGCUUCAGGAAGUGAUGUCUAUGCACCGGUCAAAACUUUCACUCCCACACCAGACGAUCUCUCACCCGCCGAUCUUAUCCGUUCGAAAUAUGAAUGCCUCGCUGGGAGGCUCACGCGCUGACGGCACUUCCUCACGCUGAAUGCCGUUGCAGAGGCGUGGGGUCUUCUCUGCAUUUUCGUUUGCUUGUAUGUCGGCCGUUCCUCUUAAACCUCCCACAGCCCUUCCAGGUCAUUUCUUCUACCCCGUCUCCAACAGAUUCACUUCUGUCGAGUACUACUAUUCUCCUCUUUCGUUCGGCGUCUCCUCUGCAGUUCGUUGCCUCUGCCCGAAUUGCAUGACCGGUGUCUUACUUCCUGGUGUUACUUCAUAAAGGAGGACGCUGAAUUUCGGAUUAAAGUAGUUAAUGUGCGACAUGAGGUCACGAUUUUGUAUUCCAUUCCCUCUCCUUUUCGUCGCGCUCCUAUCACUUGAGUCGCCAGACUUGUCGCGGUUUACGUACUGGGUAGCUCGGAGGCAUCCAUUCUGGGCGCUGUCAUAUUCUGCUGUAUUCGCUAAUGCCGAACUCGUCAAUCGUACUGUCGAUGACUCUUCUUCCGAGAUAGUCUAUACCCCUGCAACCUCAUGGCACUCUUCUGCGAAUCAAUGUGCCACGUGCUUGGCUCCUAGUAGCGACCUGGCGUAUCAGGGCACUUGGCAUGACGGGACUCACAUUAUCCCCACUUUCGACGCAGAUGAUCUCAACGAGAAUGCCACCAAUGAUACAGAUGAUCAACCAUCAGGGAAACCAUCUCCACCUUCCCCUCCGCCGCCGCCGCCCACACAAGUCAAGGACGAUGACGAACAUGAACACGACGACGACGAUGAUGACGACGACAAUCACGGGGAUGAUGAUAAUGACGGAAAGGACAAGGAUAAAGGGAAGGGGAGGGGAAAGGGCGGACUGGAUAAAAGGGCGUCGAGAAGUGUUAGAGAAAGGGAGAAGUGGUUUCGUAGGCAGCAAGAUGCGGAUGACAACCCAUUUUUUGUCCCAAAACUUGACAGCGAUGACGAAGGAUUCGUUGAUACACCCGUGUUGGCGAACUUCAAUUUCACUGGGUCCGCUGUAUACGUCUUCGGUCUGAUCCCCCUUUUCCCCGCCGCGGCAAACAACACUCCAACCUUUGUGAAUCUCACGUACACUCUCGAUUCGCAGCCGGCAGGAGACUUCAGCCAUUCCGGAACCCAAUCUCCCGUUUCCCCUACACCUGCUCCUUCCGCUUUCCAACAGUCAGUGCCUAUCUUUGCUCGAACGGGACUUCCGGAAGGAUUCCACGCUCUCACAAUCAACGUAGGGCCAGAUUCAGUCUUUCUCCUAGAUUACAUUAUCUACAGCCAGGACGAUGGGUUCGGCGGCGGUGGGAAUGACACCGACAACGCUGUGUCGACCACUUGGAGCGCGCCCGGCUCGUCGGGUACUUCUGGAGCAGGUUCAAGUGCGCCAAGCACGGGUCCAACACAGUCGACUUCAACCUCGACAAAAUCGCAUAAUGUCGCUACCUUCGCGGGGGCAGUUGGAGGUUCAGUUGGCCUUCUAGCUGUCCUAUCACUUUCGCUAGCACUAUCUCUCUACCGUCGUCGUAGAGCAGCUCAGCGUCGUGAUCGUCAGUAUCGCGCUGCGCGGACUCGAAGGUCAGACGCAUCUAUUGGAGAGUCGUUCCAUACGGAUGCGUCAGAGGAUGGACCGCCCAUGCAAGGGCCGGCCCCGUUUAUCCCUCGGUACUUCCCUGGCACUGUACCCACAGCACCUCCUCCAUAUGUCCCAUCGAACUCCCCGGAACCCACAGAUUCACUGCUGGCUCCUUCAACCUCGAUCCAUUCACCUUUGGCAUCAGUAUCGUGGAAUACAUAUCGUCCUGUUCCUGCAGGGGACCCAGGGGAUUCAUCCUAUGCAGAUAGACCACCUCCUACUCCUCCACCAAUCGAUGACGGCUACUUUGCACCACCGCCAACAUUCGGCGAAGCCAUUGCAUCCCCAGUGCCGGCCAUCCUAUCCCGUCUGAGCGGGAUGCCUGUGGCUUCACAAGCCACAUCUCCUCGUCCCCCAUCCUUAACGUCAAUAUCAACACUGCCGUCGAGGGCGGCUAGUCGCUCGAGCGCAACAGCUCAAAGUAGCAACGACACCUCUCCAAGAGGAUCUGCUCUUCCGGAGAAUUACACCAGAGUCGUCUCUUCCCAGGCUAGUAAUUCUAGUUUGCGAGGGGCUCACUCGAGUUUGUCCUCAUCCGCCCAACCGCUUAUCCCUGUCACGCCACCUGAAAUACAUUCAACAUUAUCUGAACCGCUGGCUGACCCGCCACCUUCUUCCCAUUCUGAGGUACCACCUUCAAUACCUCCGCCAAUAGAGGUUUUGCAAGCUGAGCAGGGGCAGAUACGACGGACAAGUGAUGAGGAUACUGCAUCGAGAUGAGCAUAUGGACGACGGUACAUUAAUUGAUCAACUUAUUGGUUAGUCUAUUCUUUCUUGUUUACAUAUAGUCUGCACUUCACGCUAUUGCAAUGUUGUUCUGACGCAUGGCAUCGGGGAUUUCGACAUGCCAAUCUAUUCACGAGACUGGUGUUGACGGCUCUUGCUUUGCACUCACCGUGCACCCCGUUUGUGGUCCGUGAGGCUUUCUACACUUGGUUGGGUGCCGUUCUCACCGCUGUUUACCUCACCGAGCGCCGGAUACAGGUUUGUCCCCGUGACGGACUCCGUGCCUUUCUACAUUCCCACCAUCAUCCCGGCCAGUGGGUUACUCUCACUGCUCGAUGAGGUGCCGUGCCUUAUUUCUCACUCCGGAGACUCGUCUCUGGGUCAUUCCCCCUGCUUUUUAGCAUCUCAACCACCCGUACUUUCGUUUUGACUCUCCCCAUUCCAUUCUUGACUCCAUGUCAUGCGUUUUUUUUUUCGGGCGGAACCUGACUGACGUUGUCUAUUCUUUCUACUCCACACAGGCUAUAUUCCACCGCACCUUACGAUCCCACUACUUAGGCAUGACAAUGUCGUUUAUGCAUAGAGGUCCCGUUUAGGCAGAUCACAUCGGGCAUUCGUCACACGAAAUGUCGUAAUAUUGUACUCGCAAAAUCCUAUUCUCGCUGGAACGCCUUGUGGCACCCGUGUCGCCUC